AUUGAUUUUUUGCCCCUCAAAAUACAUUACGAAAUGCAGUUUUUGACAGCGCUGGCGACUGCGCAUGCGUAAAGCCCUAGUCCAAAGGAUGCAGAUUUCACCAUAACAAUUAACAUUAGCCAGCGGCAAGCUCGCAGUCAGUAUCUGGGCCAGGGCUGACGCCACGCAUAUUGUGAAAUGGCUGACCCGAGUGACCAAGAGGAAGACGUGGGAGAAGAAAGCAGCUUUAAGAUGUCUAUAGAAGCUGGCGUCGAGGCUGACAUCUGGGUCAGUGAAGAGACUGCAAGAAGAAACCUCCUUCACAAGAAGCUGUUCUACUCGAUGUGGACACAGGAAUGGGAAGAAUUCUUGUCCGUCCUUGAGAAAGUGCCAGAUCUUAAUCAUGUUCUCACCCUCAAAUGCAGCCAGAAGUGUCGUCGUGGCAAGAUGUUUGAAUCAUUUUCUUGCUCUAUGGCAACUUGGUUCGGCCUUGCUGAGAACCAGGUGUGCAUAUGCUUGCAGGAAUACCCACCAGACACGCCAGAAGGAGCAUUGGAAUUUGCUGGUGUAGCCCCCAUUCAUUAUGCUGCCACCUUAGAAGACAACAGGUACCUUCGAGAAAUCAUGGCUCGUGGCGGCUUUGUAAACGCACGCACUCUCUGUCAGCAACUAGGUCCACUCAAUCUGGCUGCACAUAAAUCUCAAAUGAGCACUCUGAGAACUUUACUAUCCACAUGCAGCAGUAACGCUUGUGAUAGCCAAGAGUUAGAGUUGCGGCUGCAAGCAGCAACUUCCGAAAAUGGCCCAAAAUGUGAUGCAAAGAUAUGCGAAUACGAUUCAGAAAUUGCCUCCAGAACUCUUUCGGAUCAUUCGAUGGCGGCAAAAGUUUGUGAUGUCAAUAUCACUGGAAAAAAUGGUCGAACUCCGUUUCUGACAGCAUUGAUGCAUGACUUCAGGGAAGGUGCAGAAGAAUUAAUGAAAUAUGGUGCUGACGUCAACAAGUUUGAUGUCUACGACACAGUGCCAGUGAUUGAGGCAACACGUAGAGGCUAUCCAUUGGAGUUCUAUGAGAAGAUGGUCGAGGCUGGGUGUCAAGUCGAUGCCUGUCCCGAUGGCAACUAUGAUGUAGCACUACACUACGCUGUCUACAUGGAAAUGGUUGGUCUUGUUGAACUUCUCCUGAAAAGUGGAAGCAACCCUGACAAGCUUGGUCAGAGUCACACUCCGCUGGUUAUCGCUGCAUUCGUUGGUCGCUUAGGGAACGUUCAAAUGCUGGUGAAAUACAAUGCUAAUGUAAACCUUGCACCCACCACAGCAGACUACACGGCCCUCCAUUUUGCCGCAUGGGAAGGCCAUUUGGGUAUCUGCAAUGAGUUGGUCAACGCUGGUGCUUCACCAGAUGCUCGGACACGUGAUAAGAACACACCGCUGUCUCUUGGUGCGCACGGUGGCCAUAACAAAGUUGUUGACUUCUUCCUGGGCCUUGGUACCUGUGAUGUGAACAACCAAGACAAGGAUAAGGACACUGCGUUACAUUAUUCUGCAUAUAAUGGCGAUGUGGAGUCAACCAAGGCUUUGCUGAGGUGCGGCGCUGCUGCAAAUUCCCGCAACAGCGUUGAUGCCACACCACUAUGGAACGCUUGCUACAUGAGCAAGCUGGAAAUUGUAAAGGUAUUAGUGAAGCAUAACGUCAUUAUGGAACUGUGCAGUCGUGGGAUAGAUCAGCACAGCCAAACAGAUGAUGUCGUGCUCAUAUAUGACUCUCCAAAAUCGCCGUUAUAUGCAGCAGCAGAGAGAGGUGCAUUUGGCAUCAUAAGGUACCUGGUCGAGGAAGGUUACGACAUUAAUAAUGAGAAGUGGAUCCAUUUGAGUCAGUUGCCUUCCAAGGUGAUCUUGGAUGAAGAAAUGAGAUCCUGGUUGGAUCAAGAGUACCACAGCCCACGCUCAUUGAUCCAGUUAUGUCGCCGGGCCAUCAAUAGGGUUAUUGGAGAUGGCAUUGAUAAGAAGUCAGAGCUAUUACGGAUUCCAAACACACUCCGGGACUAUUUGCUUCAUAAUUAUUAAUCCUUUAAAGUGACAAAGGGGAACACAAAUAAUUUCGUUGUUAUCGGCACCAGUAGAAUCAAAACCAAAUGCCAGUCUGUUGGCAUGACUCUCAUAAACUGGUUGGUGUCCAAACUGGGUUGGUUGGCCAUGGGAUCUUUUAAUUUUAAGAGCUUCCUUUAUAAUCUGACCUGCCUAUGGUGUGCUUGGGUUCCCCUUAAUGUAAUUACCAGGUCAUUUGAUGAAAGAUUAUAUAAUGUCUAAAUUAUCAUAUAACUUAUUGCAUGAAGUAUAGAUCAUCCAAGAAGCUAAGUCAUGAAAAAAGUAGUACCAUCAGAAUGUGUUACAGAGAGCUUUCAUAUUAAUGCUCAUGUCUGCUUUUAUUCAUUCUACCUCUCACAUUUGGCAACAGUUUUCUGUUGUCCAUGAAUCACGAAAUUUUCACGGGUGUUUUUAUUUCGCAACCUAGGUCAAGAGUGCCAGAAAUAUUUCGCAGUUUAAAAUAAUCUCUCCAUCAAUUAGAAAGAUGAAAGAAUGACUCUUUCUUAGGCAUCAUAUCAAAUGUGAUAGUGAUUACUUCCUGGUUAGAACUGCUCCAAAGCUUGAUAUCACCUUUGAUACUGAGAUCAUUGGAAAGAAUACAUGUAAUGUGAGACCUGGAGUUGGUUUAUACCAUAAACAUAAAAAUGCCUUAGUGAGUAGGUGCAUGGUCUUCACAGAAGAUCUCUAUCCACACCUUACAAGCUUUCAAGAAUAUUAUCAUAAGAGUAUUCCCCAAAAAUUUGAAUGAACCUGCAUGUGCUGUAUUUAUUAUAAUAUGUGAACAAAGUUCAU